CAUUUUGAGAACUUGUUUUGAAUUGCUGCCAUUAAUUUUAAUAAUAAAACAAUUUUCGUUUGCUAUCAAACAAAAUGGUUCCUUUCCAGACAGCACCGACAAGACCGACAACGAUAUGCGCAAACGGAAAGUCAAAAGUGUUGCUAGAUUGAGAAUUAUAUAAAUGCUGUCCAAUGAGAGCUUGAAGUAGCUCGAAGUUUCUCCCUGUCCUGCUCAUGCCCAUUUGUUUACAAGAAAGAACGAGCAGGACGGGAACAACUCAAGACUAAAUUUUCAAAAGGUCGUAUGUAACAUUGUAAACAAAAAUGAGAUUUUGCCACAGUAUGAUGCCUUCCAUGCUCCUUAAUGCGUGCCAAUGAAAAAAAUCUGAUAUAUUUAUUAAGGCUGCUCUAGAUUUUGAAACGAAAAAAUGACUGAAUCAGCAAACUGUUAAAAAUUGAACAAUCGUUACAUUAGUCGUUUUGUCAAUGAAGGACUGAUGUAACACUCAUAACGCUUUACGGUUUCGUCAAAAGUGAACACAACGUCGUAAGUCGCAAAAUUUGACGAAACUUGAUAAAGGUUUGUUAAGUCGAACGAAGUGUACAUCAGUAUCGCUAGCAACUUGCAAAUAUUAAUGUUCAAAGAACGCAAACAACGCUACAAACCCAGCAGCUUUUUACAAUAUGGAAAAUACAAAUAUGUUCGUAAAGCAAGUAUCUGCAUCUGGAUCGUUCGGAUCCCAGUUCAGGGAAUUUGUGGCGAGCAAACAGGUCAAUACCCAGCAAACAUCCCAUGCGCUGUACGGCAAUGCUUCCAGUUCACAUUAUCGAGCGUCAUAUUUAUUUGCACCCGAUACACCACAACGUCCUAUCACAGAGAAGAACGAUUCCGUAACCGAGCCACAGUGUGCCACGGACGUCAAACUUAAACGACAAAAAACAUUUCACCGAUCACAAGGGGUUUCGAACGUUGCACAUAAAUUUUCAUCUAUUAUCCCCGGAUACAAUCCACGUAAAUUCCGCGCACAACACACCGAUGCAUCUAAUGCAAAUAAGCACUCUUUUACAGAAAGCAGUGAUUUUGCAUCUGGCUCGUUUGGGUCACAGUUCAGACAAUUUGUUUCGAACACACAAAUCACACACACAUCCCGUGCGCCACGAACAUGUUCACCUUAUGCCCAUAAACAUCCGACUGUCACAAUUCCUUCAUCAGAAUCUCACAAGUCAAAACUCGUUAAUUUCUCUUCACCAAUUCAGUCCAGUCUAAGCGAAACGUCUCACUCGAUUAAUGAAGAGGUGCUCCAUAUGGAAGAGCAUCCUCCAGAGGCACAUGAGCAUUCUUGUAGUACAGGAAAUAAUGGUAAGUCUUUGCUAGAUUCAACAAGACUAAAUAAUCGUAUUAUCGGUUAUUUCAGUGCUUGCGUCACAAUUACAAAAUUACUCGGCAAUACAGCACAAUUCAAUUCUAGAAUUUCACACGCUACAAACCGAUGCAUCCGAUGGGUUAUCCGAUGAGUUACUCCGAGCUACUUCGAGCUGUUCAUUGGACAGCACUAUAAUCAUCAAACAUAAUAUUACGUCCGAUUUGUGUAAUAUGACACAAAUUAAAUAGAACCAAAGGGUUGCAUCUGAUUCUGUGUGAUAUUCACCGUUUCAACAAUUGAAUAUUACACAGCUGCAAUGUAGUGAAAUUUGGUGAAUCUGAUUUCUGUGUAAUAUCCAGGUGAUGUAAUAUCACAUCGAAAUGGAUGAUAAUAUGCAUACAAAUUCCGACGUUACAUCGAUUUUUCAGUACAUUGCUUUGAUUACGUUGAAGGAUAUUACAUUAUUUUUUGCUGUGAUAAGCAACCUGCGUGUUGCUUGAGGGGCAUGCCAGAGUAAACGCGACGAGCGAUGCGAAGCGACGCGACUCACGUAAAAGAAUAACAAUCAUUAUCAACAGGCUGUCAAAUUGCACUGUCGCGUCGCGUCGCAUCGCACGUCGCGUUAACUCUGGCUUGCCCCUGAGCCUUCUUUUUGCAUUCAGCCGUGGUCUAGUGAAGACGAAAUAAAAUUAGUUAUUGCGAGAAGAUACAAAAAUUCGAACGAGGGUCCGACGGUCGACCGUCGGAAAGUUGUUCCGCAAACGUCAAAUCACUUGAUGCACGGAAAAUAAUGUUGGUUGUUUUUUUUCGGUGUGAAUGUUGAUUAUGGAAAUCACAGAAAAUAUGUAACUUUUAACGAGUGUUACAUGCCGCUAUAUGUUUUAAAUAAGCUUUAUGGUUUUUUCAAGGCAUUUUGGAACUUAUUUAUGUGUUUUGAAACAUUCUAGACUUCUUGAAUAUUCUUGAUAUCAAGGAAUAUCAACACUUUUCGCACACACGCACAGCUGAAAGUAUGCUCUUUUGGGCAGAAAUACACUCUUUUGUGGGAGAUUGGCACUACGCACAAAAGGAGUAAAAUUUAGGAGUAGGAGUAAGGAGUAAAAAGGUUAAGUUUUACACACUUUUCGUGUUUUUAUGCAUAAAUGUUAAUCAUUUGUAAAAAUAAUACCAGCUAUUAUGGGCAUGUAAUUAUGAUCCUAAAACAUCUUUCUGCACAUCAUUUAUUUCAUUUCAAUUUCACUAUUGAAUAUUGUUCGAUUUGCAAUGCCGGACCAUUUCAACUGUGAUGCAAUAACCAAGGUAACCAUUAAGCACUGUUUUAAACUUAAUAGGAACUAGAGGCCUGAAUAAGAGAAACGCGGAUAGGUAUGUGCCGCCAAUCGAACCGUCAAAAAACAGCAGCCAAUCGAGCAGGAGACCUGUCAAGCAGCCAAAAUGUUGGCUCAAAUACUGAAAACGGCCAAAUUCGAUUUUAUGCCAUUUUUUCAAUAAACAAAAUUGAAUGUAUUUUACAUUAGUUUGCCAUAAUAUAUGCAAGUCAAUUAUAGAUUAUGAAAUGAAAUUCCAUAGUUUAUUGGAUUCUAUUGUUAUGUGAUGUGGACACAUAAAAUAGCGGAUUGUGAGAUUUUAUCUACAUAAACCAUUUCUUCCUUUUCAUGUGUUGUUCUUUGAUGAAGAAGAUUGAAUGCAGUGUUGGCAGUAUCGUAUUUUCUAUCCGCGUUUCUCUUAUUCAGGCCUCUAAUAGGAACCAUAUAUUAGCAUUUGAAUGCCUAUAAGCUGUUAAUAACUUUUGCUAAUGCCUACACUGAUAAUAAUCCUGUAGUAAAUACAUCAACAGAAACCUGUUUAACUUUACUAUGCCAGAAUAUAGUCGAGGUGAACUCAAAAGAUCAUCAAUAUAAACAUAUUUCAGUUAUGACUACUAUGUAAUGAAAGCGAACCAACUAUCAUGAACCAUAGUUAUCACAACUACGAAUUUUGUAAACAAAAUUAUUAUUUUACCAUGCUACCAUGACUAUUCAUUGUUAAAGCCACUGCAAUCCUGUUUAAUAUCAUCCCAUAGUUCAUUUCACCCGGAACAAGUCACUGCCGUAAACACAUCUGCUUUGUUAUUUAUUAAUUUUUGUUUGCGAUUAGGAUAAAUUCGGAUCAAAAUUUGUCUGGUAAGCUAUAUUUUAUCAAGGGUUUAAUCAAUAUGAAGUAUUAAUGCGAUGUUCAUUUGAAAAUUUGUAGAUUGCGAGUGCAGAAUGCGCAGAAACUUUCAACUUGUUCAUUCCAAGAAAACGAACGGCAAACAUGGCGAAUGGAUAUGAAUUUCGCACGACACUGGUGAUCUGGCUGGUGAUAGGUUCAACGCAGUGCUGGCCGGCAAUGUCGCCAGUUCCAGCAGGAUUGUUUUGCUCCCCCACGAAAAGGAAAAUAUAUAUUUAAUGAGAUUUGUUGCUGAUAUUAGUGAUUACAGUUAAAAUGUGCACAUUGGUAUGACAAAAUAAUUUCUGUUGUCGUGCGAUAUCCAUGUUUAUGAUUUAUGCAGUUCACCUUCUAUUUGAAUGCAUUUCUACCCUGCACUGGCAUCUUUUUCUACACUUCUAAUAUGUGAACCACCGCUUCAUAAUGUCUAGCGUAUAAUAAAAUACAUAUAGUUGUUAUAUAGUUAAAAUCUGUAUGUCAUGUUUUAUUCAUUAUUGAGAAAGAAGAAAACCCCCAUUACUAUGAGAACUAUUUUUCCCAGUUGAUUUUACCAUGCUCAUAUUAUAUCGUGCAUAGUAAAGGUAGCCUCACACCUUGGCAAUUUGGUUCGCGGAUUUUUUCCCCAUGUGUUUUCACAUAUGCGAUGUUUUCGGGAUUUGGGCACGGAAAAUCAAAAUCCCGGCCUCAUUUAAAAUGCACGGGGACCAAUAUCCGGCGGAAAAUUUUCCCGAGGUGUAAGGUAGCCUUAACAGCGACAACGGAAUUGGUCAACCAUGCUAUGAUCCAAAAGAUAUUUUAGUUACUAGAUAAAGAUUGUCGCUACUGUUCCCUUUGUUCUGCUGUCCGAAACAUGUGUGGUACAUACCUGUCAAAUCGUAUGGAUUUUCCUUCUUUGACAUUUAGCUCCCCUAUCCUCGCCAGCAAAAGAUGUUCCGGACAGCGACGACAGCGACAAUCUUUAUCUAGUAACUAAAAUA